CUAAUUGAAGUAUCAAUGGCAUGACAUGGUGCUAAGUGAUCAAACAUGGGGGACAUGGUGAAGAAGGACUUGGAGGAUCAAACUGUAUUGCCUUUGGAAAAUGAAUGUACCAGGGACAUGGCAGAAUUUGUGGAAGUUUCUCUGAAUGAAAGGGUAAAAUUUAAUGACACAGGCUUAUCCAUGGUCCUACAGAAUGGCUUGGAGAAUCUCCGUCUAGAAAACUCUCUCACAGACGUUACCCUGUGUGUUGGCAGCAUGCAUUUUUCGUGCCACCGUGUGGUCCUUGCAGCAGCAAGCAAUUAUUUUAGGGCAAUGUUUUGCAAUGACUUAAAAGAAAAGUAUGAAGAAAAAAUAGUUAUUAAGGGAGUUGAUGCAGAAAUAAUGCAGAUUCUUUUGGACUAUACAUAUACCAGUAAAGUGCUGAUUACCAAGGAAAAUGUGCAGAAAGUCCUUGAAGCUGCCAGCCUUUUUCAGUUUUUGCGCAUGAUAGAAGCUUGUUCCCGUUUCCUUAAAGAAGCUUUACACCCAGAAAACUGUGUUGGGAUUCUCAGGCUGGCUGAUACUCAUUCCCUUGAUACAUUGAAGCAGCAAGUCGAGAAUUAUAUUGUCCAGAAUUUUACACAAGUGGUGAAUUAUGAUGAGGUCUGUGAGUUGCCUGCAGACAUUCUAAAUAGCAUGCUAAAAAGUGAUGACCUCUGUGUCACUGAAGAAGCUCAAGUAUUUCAGAUAGUUAUGAAGUGGGUGCGUUACAAAACAGUGGACAGGCUCCCACUUCUCCCAUAUAUCCUCGAGAGUGUGCGUUUACCUCUUCUGGAUCCUUGGUAUUUUGUAAACACUGUUGAAGCAGAUCCACUCAUCAGACAAUGUCCUGAUGUCUUUCCUCUGCUUCAGGAAGCCAGAAUGUACCAUCUAUCAGGAAAUGAGAUGAUUUCAGGAAGAACAAAGCCCAGAAUGCAUGAAUUCCAGUCUGAGGUUUUUAUGAUCAUAGGCGGUUGCACAAAGGAUGAAAAAUUUGUAUCAGAAGUAACUUGCCUUGAUCCUCUGAGACGCAGUCGUUUGGAAGUGGCAAAGCUGCCGAACACAGAACAAGAAUUAGAAAGUGAAAAUAAAAAGUGGGUGGAGUUUGCUUGUAUUACACUAGGAAAUGAAGUCUACAUAUCAGGAGGAAAAGAAACACAACAUGAAGUCUGGAAGUAUAAUUCAUCCAUCAACAAAUGGAUCCAAAUUGAAUAUUUGAAUGUUGGAAGAUGGAGGCACAAAAUGGCUGUUUUGGGUGGCAAAGUGUAUGUGCUUGGUGGUUUUGAUGGUGUACAAAGACUUAACAGUGUGGAGAUUUAUGAUUCCUUUCACAACUGUUGGUCUGAGGCAACUCCUCUCAUGAUCUGUGUGAGCUCAUUUGGAGCAGCCAGUUACAAAAAUAAACUCUAUGUGAUUGGAGGAGGACCCAACGGAAAGUUAGCUACUGACAAUACACAAUGUUAUGAUCCAACAACGAACAACUGGUGCUUGAAAACACCUAUGCCUGUUGAAGCAAAGUGUAUCAAUGCUACAACUUUUCAUGAUCACAUCUAUGUUGUGGGAGGGGCAAUGAAAGCAGUCUAUUCUUACAGCCCAUUCAAAGAUAUAUGGUGCCUUGUGACUCAGUUAAACCAUGAAUGUGCUAGUUGUGGGAUUGCUCCUUGCAAUGACAAACUGUUCAUUACUGGAGGACGGGAUGAGAAGAAUGAUGUCAUUGCCACAGUGCUGUGUUGGGAUGCCAAGACCCAGAAAUUGACCGAGGAGUGCAUCCUCCCUCGUGGGGUCUCGCAUCAUGGGAGUGUCACCUUGAGGAAGUCAUAUACAUACAUCCGUAAGGUAGUACCUGGAGCAAUCUCAGUGUAACUUUGAAGGAAGAUUCAUGAUAAACGAAGAAUAAAUGUUCGUGAAAUACCUCAUUUUCCCAAAAGUUAUAAAGAGACUAUUGGGAUGGAACAAUCAUGCUGGUGUAGUAUAUUUUCUCAGUUUCCUUCUAUACAUGCUAAAUUGUCAAUAUAAUGACUAGUUAUGGGAAAGACAGAUUACAGAUUAACAGAGUUGGAAGGGACCUUGUAGGUCAUCAAGUCCAACCGCCCACCCAAG